UGCGUAUGAAAGCAGCGAAGGUUCCGGAGGGAAGUUGUGCUUGAGACUUCCGCAUCUCUAUUUGCAUUUGGGUGAAGUGCUCUGAGCUGAAAAGGGAAAGCGAGAGUCACGCAAUUUAUAUGAAAUAUCUAGGGACGAUUUCGCGGCGUGCCAGACGCCCUGGGAUUGAGAGUUCCACUCCGGGUAACGGACUCACCUGGACUGUCAGCUGCCGGAAGUGAGGCUGUGAGGAAUGGCCGCUGCGGCGACCAUGGCGGCCGCUGCUCGAGAACUGGUGCUGCGGGCUGGGGCUUCAGAUAUGGAGGAGGAGGAGGGCCCGCUGGGAGUCGGUCCGGGGCUUCAGGAGCCGCUGCAGCUUGGCGAGUUGGAUAUCACUUCUGAUGAGUUCAUCCUGGACGAAGUGGAUGUUCACAUUCAGGCAAAUCUGGAGGAUGAAUUAGUAAAGGAAGCUCUUAAAACGGGUGUGGAUCUCCGUCACUAUUCAAAGCAAGUGGAGCUGGAAUUACAGCAGAUUGAGCAGAAAUCCAUUCGGGAUUAUAUCCAAGAGAGCGAGAACAUAGCUUCGCUGCACAACCAGAUCACAGCCUGUGACGCUGUCCUGGAGCGCAUGGAGCAGAUGUUGGGAGCUUUUCAGAGUGACCUCAGCUCCAUCAGCUCUGAGAUUCGGACACUGCAGGAACAGUCAGGAGCCAUGAACAUUCGCCUUCGUAACCGCCAGGCAGUGCGGGGGAAGCUCGGGGAGCUGGUGGAUGGGCUGGUGGUGCCCUCUGCUCUGGUCACGGCGAUUCUGGAGGCUCCAGUGACGGAGCCCAGGUUCCUAGAGCAGCUGCAGGAGUUGGAUGCCAAGGCAGCCGCAGUCCGAGAGCAGGAGGCCAGAGGCACCGCAGCCUGUGCAGACGUCAGAGGCGUGCUUGACCGGCUCCGGGUCAAGGCAGUGACGAAGAUCCGAGAGUUCAUCCUGCAGAAGAUUUAUUCCUUCAGAAAACCGAUGACCAACUAUCAGAUCCCUCAGACGGCACUGCUGAAGUACAGGUUCUUCUAUCAGUUCCUGCUGGGUAACGAGCGAGCGACAGCAAAGGAGAUCAGGGAUGAAUAUGUGGAGACGCUGAGCAAGAUCUACCUUUCUUACUACCGCUCUUACUUGGGGCGGCUCAUGAAGGUGCAGUAUGAGGAAGUUGCUGAGAAGGAUGACCUAAUGGGUGUGGAAGAUACAGCGAAGAAAGGAUUCUUCUCGAAGCCGUCGCUCCGCAGCAGGAACACCAUCUUCACCCUGGGGACCCGUGGCUCUGUCAUCUCCCCCACUGAACUUGAGGCCCCCAUCUUGGUGCCUCACACAGCCCAGCGGGGAGAGCAAAGGUAUCCAUUUGAGGCCCUGUUCCGCAGCCAGCACUAUGCCCUCCUGGACAAUUCCUGCCGUGAAUAUCUUUUCAUCUGUGAAUUUUUUGUCGUGUCUGGCCCAGCCGCCCACGACCUAUUCCACGCUGUCAUGGGCCGUACACUCACCAUGACCCUGAAACAUCUGGAGUCUUACCUAGCUGACUGCUACGAUGCCAUUGCCGUUUUCCUCUGUAUCCACAUCGUUCUCCGGUUCCGCAACAUCGCAGCGAAGAGGGAUGUUCCUGCCCUGGACAGGUACUGGGAGCAGGUGCUCGCCCUUCUGUGGCCGCGGUUUGAGAUGAUCCUGGAGAUGAACGUCCAGAGCGUCCGAAGCACUGACCCUCAGCGCCUGGGCGGGCUGGACACUCGGCCCCACUACAUCACACGCCGGUAUGCUGAGUUCUCCUCUGCUCUUGUCAGCAUCAACCAGACAAUUCCCAAUGAGCGGACCAUGCAGCUGCUGGGACAGCUACAGGUGGAGGUGGAGAAUUUUGUCCUGCGGGUGGCAGCUGAGUUCUCGUCAAGGAAGGAGCAGCUGGUGUUUCUGAUCAACAACUACGACAUGAUGCUGGGCGUGCUGAUGGAGCGGGCUGCAGACGACAGCAAGGAGGUGGAGAGCUUCCAGCAGCUGCUCAGUGCGCGGACUCAGGAAUUUAUUGAAGAGUUGCUGUCUCCCCCUUUUGGGGGUCUGGUGGCAUUUGUGAAGGAGGCCGAAGCUUUGAUCGAGCGUGGACAGGCUGAGCGACUCCGAGGGGAAGAAGCCCGGGUGACUCAGCUGAUCCGCGGUUUUGGCAGUUCCUGGAAGUCAUCAGUGGAGUCUCUGAGUCAGGACGUAAUGCGGAGUUUCACCAACUUCAGAAAUGGAACCAGUAUCAUCCAGGGGGCGUUGACCCAGCUGAUCCAGCUCUACCAUCGCUUCCACCGGGUGCUGUCCCAGCCCCAGCUCCGCGCCCUCCCUGCCCGGGCUGAGCUCAUCAACAUUCACCACCUCAUGGUGGAGCUCAAGAAGCACAAACCCAACUUCUGAGGCGCCGGGACCUCUCCAGGGACUCCGCACCCCAGCUCCUGCCCUUCUCCUGGGUGUCCCCUUCCUGUUGGCCCCGGCCCCCCAGGCCUUUGAUAUGCCUCAGUCUGCCCUCGCUCCCGGGACCCUGCCUCUGCAGGGUGAGCUGGAGCCCCUGGCCUGUGAAUCUCCCAGUGUCUUCAGGCUGCCCAGGACUCCUGGGUUUUCCAAAUGACCUUUCUCUUCUUCCCAAUUUUGUCAGCCUCUUCCUCUGCCCCCACACACCCCAGGCUCUCCCCCAGUGAAAACCUUUGCUGCCUCGGUCUCUCACUCAGCUCUUGGCGGGGGAGACUGCCUCCAGCAAAGUGAUGCGUUUCCGGGAGCUUCCUGACCUGAGAUCUCAGCAGUGUGGACACUAACCCAUUCCCUCCUGGCUGGAGGAUCAGGCCAAGGCCAGUCUGCAGAAAACAAUAAAUAUUUAAUACGACUUGAUACUCUUCA